CUCAAGUUGAGAGAGAGAGAGAGAGGACGUGCCACGGAUAGAUUUUCCCCAAAGUUGUUCAUCGCGCGAGCCUUUCUUUUUCUAAACGUUCAACAAAAAUGUUCAUUUAAUGAUAAAUAAACAAAAUAGGACAAUUUUUUUCAAUAAAAAUUAUUCCAAAGUGCGUGUAAUUCGUUUUGUCUAAAAAAAAAAAAAGAAAAAAAAAAUUGGGUAUUUUUUGUUCCAAGUUUUCCAUUGGACAAUUCGACGACGACAUAUAAAUCAAAAUGCCUGUAAUAAGGUUAAAAAGAGCUGGUGAGGUUCCAGCCACAGAAAUACCACUUGCAGAAAUACCAAAACCUGUCUCUUUUCGAGCGAAUACUAAUGGAACAAUGGAAGGACCGUUACCAGCUCCGAAUCCGGUGGUGGAUAUAAUAACCAGUACUCCAAGUAGUACCAGUGUUCCAACGACAACAAAAGCGACUGAGACUGCAGUGGAGAAAGUAAGCGAUGUCACCAAAGAAAUAGCUGAAGAAAUGGGUAUUCCAACAUGGGGAUUAGUUGCAAUAAUUAUCGCCGUUGGAGCCAUAAUCAUAGGAAUUUGCUUUUGCUGUAUACGACGAUGUUGUCGUAAAAGAAGAUCGAAGGAUGGAAAAAAGGGUCUUAAAGGAGCUGUAGAUUUAAAAUCAGUACAACUAUUAGGUGGCACUUAUAAAGACAAGGUUCAGCCGGAUAUGGAAGAAUUGACGGACAAUGCAGAGGAACCAGAUGAGGCGGAAAGUAAGCAAAGCGAAGUGAAACUCGGAAAACUACAGUACAAACUCGAAUACGAUUUUAAUUCGAAUAGUUUGUCAGUGACUGUAAUACAAGCUGAAGAAUUACCAGCUUUAGAUAUGGGAGGUACUUCUGAUCCUUAUGUGAAAGUUUAUCUUCUGCCUGAUAAGAAAAAGAAAUUCGAGACUAAAGUCCAUAGAAAAACAUUAAAUCCAGUGUUUAAUGAAACAUUUACAUUUAAGGGUGUGCCAUACGCUGAUGCAAUGAACAAAACGCUUGUUUUUGCCAUAUUUGAUUUCGAUAGGUUCUCAAAACAUGACCAAAUUGGAGAAGUUAAAGUUCCACUUUGUCAAAUUGAUCUUGCGCAAACUAUUGAAGAAUGGCGGGAAUUACAGAGCGUUGAAGGAGAAGGAGGACAGGACAAUAAACUUGGUGACAUUUGUUUCUCGCUACGUUAUGUGCCAACAGCUGGUAAAUUGACAGUGGUUAUUUUGGAAGCAAAAAAUCUGAAGAAAAUGGACGUUGGUGGUCUUUCUGAUCCAUAUGUGAAAAUUGCAUUGAUGCAAAAUGGAAAGAGGCUAAAGAAAAAGAAGACAUCUAUAAAGAAAUGCACACUCAAUCCAUAUUACAACGAAUCCUUUUCCUUCGAGGUUCCCUUUGAACAGAUUCAGAAAGUGCAAUUAAUGGUAACGGUAGUGGAUUACGAUCGUAUUGGUACAUCAGAACCUAUUGGAAAAGUUGUUCUUGGUUAUAAUGCGAGCGGAACGGAACUUAGACAUUGGUCAGAUAUGUUAGCGUCUCCGCGACGUCCUAUCGCUCAAUGGCAUACGCUUAAAGAUCCUGAAGAUGGCGAUAAGAAGGACUAAAGAGACUCUAUUACGUUCUAAGGUACAGGUCACAAAUGAAAAAAAAUUCACUGGAAAGAAAGACAAACAAAAAAAACAAGAUAUACAGUAGAUAUUAAACGAUCUAUGAUUAAUGAAAAAAAAAACAACAAUAACUACCACCGAAAAGAUCUAGUGUUAAAAAAAAUAAUGUUCUUAUGGAGUGUAGUGUCUUGUAUAUACAUAUACUAAUAUCUACUAUACUUUUCUCUGUAGAAUAAUUGUUGAAUGAUUUCAAAAAAAGGGGCUAUACUUGAAAAAAAAUAAUGAAAAAGCCGUUGCGACCGCUUCGAAGACAGGGUCUCGCAAAAAGCAUUGAAAUUUUGCGCGAAGUCGUUCAACUUCACUUUGUUCCCUAAUAAAAGAAAAAAAAAAAGACGCCUGCACUUUUUUUGUGCAUUUAAUAUCAUCAUUGCUAAAAGCUCGGAAAAAUAACGAAUUUUUUAUAAAUUCUCACAACAAAAAAAAAAACAACAACCUUAGAAAUCAUUGUAUAUCAAUCAUCUUUCGAUGUUUAAUAUAGUUCGUGAUUCUAGUAAAAAAAAAAACGAGCUUGUGCGACUAGUAAAAACACACUUCGCGACAUCUAGUAGCGAGAAUUUUAAUUAAUUUCCACUUCACUUGCAAAUUACAACUAUUUUUUUUUCAAUAAUUAACAUGAAUUUAUUAUUUUUUUUUUUUGCUAAAAAUAAUUUUGCUGAAUGGAGAAAGUUUUUUUGGAAAAAAGAUUAUUCCACCUACUCGCACAAGCUUGAAACGCUCAAAUUUUAUCUUCGAUUCGCUAUGUGUUUUCCGACAUCUUGAAAUUUGAACGUCUUUUCUUUAUGGUAAUUUUUAGAUAAAAAAAAAUCUAUACACACAAACACACACACACACAGAAACAUAAAUGCUAAAAAAAAUUGAAACCGCAAAAGAACAAUGCUUUUUUUUGCAAAUGUCUUCGUUGUAAAACACUCAUCCCUUAUAUAUUAUAAAAAAAAAAUGAAAUACACUGUUAACGAUCGAUUUUCACGAUCACAGAACCCUUUUGAAGUGACAUACAUAUAUAUUUAAAUAUAUAUAUAUAUUUAUUCCAGUGAUUUCCGACAGAGUCAGAAAUUAAACAUAAUUCAAAACAAAAAACAACAAGUUUUGUCGUUUGGAUUUAUACACUUACACAGACUGGCCUACCUAUUCAGAUCUCCAUAAAAAAAAAAAAUAAAAUUCGGUAUUAACCGAAUAACGAUUAAGAAAAAAAAAUUCUAUAUAUAUGAAGAUUAUAAUUAUAAAAAUCGAUUACUUAAGAUCAAUAUGAAUCAUAUUUAUAUAUAUUUAAUUUAAUUUUUACUUAAAAAAAUUUUUACAAAUUUCAUUGAAAAAAAAAAUAAAAUGCAGUUUUUCAUUUUGAUCUUAAGAUCGAAGUUAGUUAAUUAAUUAAAAGAAUAUCAAGUUUUUUGUAAAGAAUGUCUGAUUUGAAAUAAGAUUUUUUUGUUGUUAAUAAUUUUAAGUUUGUACAUUGUUCCUAUGAUUUUUAUUUAAUGCACAGAUUUACUGCACAGAUGUAACAACUGCGCAGAUCUACUACGCAGCUGUGACAACUGCGCAGAUUGACUGCGCAUGUUGUGAUUAUUUCAUUAAAUAUAAAUUUUAUCAAAUUAUCGUUGUUUAGAGUAAAUGUAUUUUACAUUUUUAAAGUAAAAUCGGACAUAUUUACCAAAAAACGGAGUGUUUUAAAAAAAUAGAAAUUUAUCGGAUAUGUAAUAUUUACGGUAAGAUAUAUAAGUGAGAUAAAUACGCUAUCUUUAGCGUAUAUAACAAAAAAAAAAUCGACAAAAAAUAAAAUAUCGUAUAAUUAUUUAUUUAUUAUUAUUCGACUAAUUUCUAUAAUAUAUGCGAUUAAGAAACUAGUGUAGAUAUUGUUAUUGUUUUAAUGGUAUUUAUAAUUAUUGCGAUACGUACCUUAUUUAUAAAUUGCAUGCUCAUCGCUCGUGUAAAUAUAUUCCCCUUCAAAAAAAAAAAAAAAAUUUGAAAAAAACUGUAUUCUGAUUUAUAUGCAAGAAGGGUGGAUGUAUAAUAAGACAAAAAAAAUACAAUAA